UCAUAGCCCUCACUACCACUGCUUCAGUACCACUUGUGCUAACGCACAACCCUUUCCUAUGGCCGUCCCAACUCUGGCUAGAAUGGGCCGCUGGCUGAGUAAUGUCUCGGUCCCAGCCUCCACCUUCAUUUCUUUCGUCUGCCUGUUGAUCUUUCUGUUUAUAUUGUACCAACCUACGCCUGGACCAGGCGACAUCCAGCAAAUGGGCUGGCAAUCAUGGGACUCGCUCUCCGAGGGCGGCGCCAAACUCCCUUCGACUAGUGAAGGUGUUGUGCAAGGCUCUGGGGGAUCCGCCAGCCUUCCGGGAGACAAGACUUCGGGUACAGAUUGGUGGAACGUGUCGACUCCGGAGACAGUGGACUAUGCCAGCCUUCCCUUGGACGUUUGGGCACCUCUCAUGCCACACGAUACCGGACUGUCUGAAAUAACGAUUACACACUGCUUUGUUAAUCCACGUCUGAGCGAUGUUUGUGAUCCAUCUUCGACUUCGGAGCAAGAUGCCAUUCGCGGCAAAUGGGUUCGCGUCGACAGGAAUCUGAACUUUGACGCAGGAUAUUUCUCUGGAUACUUGAACGUUUAUUACCGCCGGACGAGACGACAAGAUGUGAAUUUGAUAACGGAUAUCCAGCUUCUUGCCAGUGGGAAAUCGCCGUCCCAACCAGGCUCAUGGAAGAAGGCCGGUACAUCACUCAGAGCUGGUGUCGCAGGGACUCCACCCCUCUAUCUUUGGUACAGGACCGGGAAGACUUUCGGAGAUAUGGAUGCGGCAGAACGAUCCAAUAUUGUGACUGAGCUGGACGUUGUUUAUGGGGAUGAUAUCCCCUGGUACGGCUUCGAGAAACUCGAUCCGCCAACUGUACUCCACCAUCGUGAGACGGAGAGCACAUGGUUGACCAUGAGACGGGGUGUCAAGUUGCCACCGCGAGCUUCUCCAUUACACUUCUCUCGCGACGGUAAAUUUAAGAUUUUGCAAGUUGCUGAUCUUCACUACUCUGUUUCUGCUGGAGUAUGUCGAGAUGCUCCUCCGUCUGCGGCUGCUGGUUGCAAGGCCGGGUCUGAUAAUUUGACCACGACCUCUUUGAUUGGCCGGAUGCUGGAUAUCGAGAAACCUGAUCUAGUAGUGUUCACGGGCGACCAACUUAAUGGGCAAGGCACAUCGUGGGAUCCCAAAUCUGUGAUUGCCAAAUUCUCUCGGGCCGUCACUGAAAGAGGAGUGCCGUGGGCGGUCAUCUUCGGAAACCACGACGAAGAAACGGGUCACGUGUCGAAGGAGGAACAAGUCAAGUUGUUACAAGCCCUUCCCUUCAGCCUUGUCGAACGUGGCCCGAAAGAUGUUCACGGUGUUGGCAAUUACGUAUUGAACGUGAAGAGCGCCGAUGCGUCCAAAACCCAACUUUUGACGCUCUACUUCCUCGACUCGGGCAGUUAUUCCAAGGGUUUCUUCAACUUCUUCGGUUUCUUUACACCUACUGCGUAUGACUGGAUCCGUAAGAGUCAAAUCAACUGGUUUCUUCAACAGUCUGCUGCCGUGAAACCCAUCCAACGACCGUUUCAUCCUGACACGGGGAAAGAUUUCGGCCAUGUUUGGGCGCGACAGGGCCACGACCAGGUUGCUCCUCUUGCCGCGAAGCUGGCAAAACCAAACGCAAUCAUGUUUUUCCACAUGCCAUUACCAGAGACAUACAACAAAGCUGACGUCGGUGCCAACGGGAAACCACUUGACAUAGGGAUUUCGGGUCAAGAACCCAAUGGCAACGCAAAAAGCAACGAUGGCUUUUUCGCUGACGGUAUCCUCAAGGCUAUGGAGAGCGAUCACGUGAGUAGCAACCUCCAAGAGGUCAAGGUCAUCGGAAACGGACAUUCUCAUGGUAUGUCGUCCUCUCCAUCUCCCCCAACUUUGAUCUUAUCUAGCUCAAGUCACUGAGAAUUGUCGACGCGUCAAGGGUGUCUGGUUCUGCUUCGGGGGCGGCGGGUACGUUCUUAGUCUGAUUUUCCUCUCUCGUGUUAACUCCGUAAGGUCUUAUUCCGGAUAUGGCAAACUUGGGUAAGGCUGCUUUUACUCUUGGAGAGUCAUGUGAGUGAUGCGGCUGCAGUUUCGACCGCCGCUUUCGCGUGUACGACAUCGCAGACUACGGCGAAACCAUCAGAACGUACGAUCACUAGUCAUCGCGCGUCAGCCUUCCAUCUGAUCAAGGCACAUCCAGAUAUAAACGCACCGAACACAACAACUUCGAGGAAGUAACUGACGAGGUGAUACUCGUUGGCAAAGGGGCUCGAGUGUGACGACAUACAGAGUCGUGCAGGAUAUGGAUCUAGUCAUUCUCCGGAAUAUACAUGUAUAUCAGCGAUAAUCCUUGUACAGUACUCGAAACCGUUUGCAGACGACUUUCUGGCUGCACAGGCUCAGACUUCCAAGCCCA